GCGCACGGAGCAGGAGAGCUCUCAGCCAGUGUGGGUUGGAGGCUGUGUGAUGCCGAAGGCUAUAAUAUCCGAGAAUUCAAUUCAUCACCAUCUGAACUACAGGAAAACUGCUCCACGAACCUCUUCCGCUCAAGCUCCUCCUUUAACUCUCCUGUCUCAAACUUGAAGAUUGCCAGUUUCAGAGCAGCAGCAGCCACGUUUCUUCAAGUCGUUAAGCCGGUGACUGGGUGUAAAAAUGCGCCUUAGCGUUUAUCUGGCACACAGCUGGGGCGCCUGUCCAAGCCGACAGGUUUUGUUGAAUGUUUGCUUUUAUGAAAUAUUGUAAUGCUCGUCAGUAAUACUCCAAAAACAAGAGCAGCAACACCUCUGGACAAACACAUGGAUCCUCUGGAACAUCCGAUGUUACAAUCUCAUGGCAAAGGAGCUCGAAGAAAAGGUCGAUUUAAGGGUUCAGAUGGCAGCACCUCCUCCGACACCACAACCAACAGCCUUGUUCGGCAGGGUUCGGCCGACUCCUACACCAGCCGUCCAUCAGACUCCGAUGUGUCCCUCGAGGAGGAUAAGGAGGCAGUGCGCAGAGAGGCAGAGCGACAGGCUCAGGCACAGCUCGACAAGGCCAAGACCAAACCAGUUGCAUUUGCUGUUCGCACAAAUGUCAACUACAGCCCGAAUCACGAUGAUGAUGUCCCCGUGCCAGGCAUGGCCAUCUCCUUUGAGGCUAAAGACUUCCUCCAUGUCAAAGAAAAGUUCAACAACGACUGGUGGAUAGGACGCCUGGUGAAGGAAGGCUGUGAAAUCGGUUUCAUCCCCAGUCCAGUGAAGAUCGAAAACACUCGUAUCCUCCACGAGCAGAGAGCUAAACAGGGCAAGUUCCACUCCAGUAAAUUGGGAGCUAACUCAUCCUCUAGUUUAGGUGAAGUGGUUCCUAACUCACGUAAAUCUACGCCUCCUUCGUCUGCCAUUGACAUAGACGCCACAGACUUAGACCCUGAGGACAAUGAGCUUCCAGUCAACCUGCGCUCCCUUAAAGCCAAUCCAAACACUGUCAUGUCACCCCUAGCAAAAGAGAAACGAAUGCCCUUCUUUAAGAAGACGGAACACAUUCCUCCGUACGACGUUGUGCCUUCCAUGCGACCCGUGGUUCUUGUUGGGCCGUCACUGAAGGGCUACGAGGUGACAGACAUGAUGCAAAAAGCGCUGUUUGACUUUUUGAAACACAGAUUCGAGGGAAGGAUAUCAAUCACUCGCGUCACAGCGGAUAUUUCUCUGGCCAAACGCUCAGUCCUGAACAAUCCCAGCAAGCACGCCAUCAUCGAACGCUCCAACACACGCUCAAACUUGGCUGAAGUCCAGAGUGAGAUAGAGCGGAUUUUCGAACUGGCCCGUACGUUACAGCUGGUAGUUCUGGAUGCAGACACCAUCAACCACCCGUCACAGCUGGGGAAGACGUCCCUCGCCCCCAUCAUUGUCUACGUUAAGAUCACCUCUCCCAAGGUGCUGCAGAGACUCAUCAAGUCCAGGGGCAAGUCUCAGGCCAAACACCUCAAUGUCCAGAUGGUGGCCGCUGACAAGCUGGCUCAGUGCCCUCCUGAGAUGUUUGACAUCAUCCUAGAUGAGAACCAGCUGGAGGAUGCAUGUGAGCAUAUGGCUGAUUACCUGGAAGCCUACUGGAAAAGCACUCACCCCACCAGCUGCAACCCCCCCAACCCGCUGCUAUCUAAGCUGCCCACAGCCACCCUGCCCUCCAGUCCAGCCCCGGUCUCCGGCGUGCAGGGCAGCAGUGCAGAGCAGAAAGGAGAUAAAGCAUUGGUGGAAAGAAAAGGCUCCAGAGAGGAUCACCAGCACCAUCAUCACCAUCACCACCACCACCAGAGCCAGGACCAGGACCAGGCUGACGCCGAUGCAGAGGCUGAGGGGGAGGGCAAUGAGGAGGAGAGGCCUCUGAGGACAGAGGCCUCCAGGAGAGCCCAGCACAUCCACCACCGUUCGUCUUCCACCAGGACUGAGCACCACAACCACCAUCACCACCACCACAGCAGUCGAGCCCGGGGCCUCUCCCGGCAGGAGACUAUGGACUCGGAGACCCCCGAGAGCCGAGAGAGCAGAGAGAGCCGAGAAAGCAAGGACUCUGCUUAUAUUGAGCCACGCACUCAGCUCCUCCAUCAGGAAGAGGAGGAGGAUGAAGAAGAGGAGGAGGAGGAGGAGGAGGAGGAUGAAGAUGAGGAUCUAGGGGAGGGGCACCCCCAACAGCAACAGCGUUACGAGCCACUGCCCCACCGGGACCACAACCACCAUCACCACCACCACCACCACCGCGGUGGGGCGGAGGAGGUCGGCCACAGUACGGGACACCACCGCUCAAAGGAGCGCGAACAGGACCAUAACGAGCGGAACAAACAGCGCUCUCACCACCACCGGCCGGCGCGUGACCACCACCAUCACUACUACGACCGGGACAGAGACAGGGACAGAGAGGGGGAGGUGGCUCCCAAAAAGAGGGGUGAGGCAGGGGAAUGGGCCAGAGACUCCUACAUCCACCAGUGACGGACCAAAGUCCUCCUGAAGCUCAUCUGGACGCCCCUCUUAAAGACCAUUCUGUUCUCCCAUCGUGCUGCUAUACCCUGAAACCACAGCAUCCUAUUUAUGUACACUUCCUUUGUAAAUGCUGUUGCAUCUUUUUCAACGGCAAGAUUUUGAUUACAUAGAUACAAAUAUAAAUAUAUAAAUAUAUGUAUGUGUGUAUCUAUGCAUAGACGUUGUUUAUGUGUGGAUAUGCAUGAAUAUUCUUAAAUAUGCAUAUUUUAAACCUGUGUUUGAUAAAGCAUGACACAAAAGCAGAAUUUGUUUCUGUACUGAGCUGUGCUUUCUGUGAUUAGCAUUUUAUUUUAUUUUUGCUUGCUACCACUUGAAUAAUUUGUUCCUUCAGACUACUGCUAAGGUUGACUGCAACGGUUGACUAACCAAGUUAGUUUGACACUAUAUUUGCUGGUCUUUUGUUUUAGAAGAACUGUUUGGCAAUUUAGGAAAUGUGCGUAAUUGCUGUCUUGCUGAGAGUUAGACUCUAGAUGAUGCCAGUUUCUUAACUUAUAAUUUUGGAGGCUGUAGUUUGUGCCGCUGUUAAUACUGUUAUACUGGCAGUUGUUUCUAUUAUUUUGUCCUUAUUUUGGAUAGUCCAAAUAACAGAAACACCUUCCAGUAUUAAUAAAAUUCAGAUCAACAGCCUCCAAAAUACCCAUAAAGUUGAGUUAACACCUUGUUAAACAUAAAUUAAACAGGAGGAUUCACUGUUGUGUUAGACUGUUGUAGUUUUAGCUAGGUGUACCUAAUAAACUGGCAACUGAGUCUAGAUGAGAGAAUCAGUAACACUCAUAUUUGUAAAGUAAAUAUGCAGAUACAGUUAACAGCCGGUUAGCUUAGCUUAGACUGGAAACAGUUAGUCUGACUCUGUGGGAAGGUUAAAUAAAAUUAACCUACCUGCCUCUCUAAAGCUCACCAAUUAACACUUUAAAUCAAAUUUACAAAAAUACAAAGUCUAAAAAUUACAAGUUGUGGUUUAUAUAAAGUGGGGCUGAACUUUAGCUAACUUUAGCUUACCGGCUGCUCACGCUAGCUGUAGUUUCACAUUCAACAUUAAUUUAACUCUCUGCAAGAAAGUGAAUAAGAGUGUUCCCCAAAGUGUCAGACUACUCCCUCAGUUUUAUGUUCAUCAUUUAUUGCUUAGUUCCUUUUUUUACCUCUGCGCCCAUGGUUUUAGACGUUUGGUUUUAUGCCUCCUUCGAGGCACACCUUAGUCUUGCCUUACAAGACAAAUGACUUCUACAAUACCUUCCUCUCUUACAUGCAGUACUGUUCUUUGUAUGGGUCCAGAGACAUUUUAUAACAUUGAUACACACUUUAUUCUGCACUUUCACAGAUUCACACUGGUUUUAAGUGAAAGCAAUUUGAUAUGAGAUUUCAACUUACUGUAGGUCUACUACCAAAACACCAUGAAGGUCCAUCUUUUAUUAAGUCUGACCCCUUUUCUAAUGAAUGUUGUCCCACUUCAUAGUAUAACAAAUGUUCAUUUUAGGAGAUCUUCCUCACUAAAAAUUAAAACAUUUGCAAAACCAACUGAAACAAUUCAAAAUGUUUACGAGACAAAGAUAUGUUGUCUGUCUUUUGCCCUUUGUUAACUCCCCUGACCAGGGUCCGUUUAAUGCAGAGUGAUGGUGUUCGAUGGUGUACGAGCCUCCAACACCUGUGCUGUGUGUUUAAUGACUCAUAUUUUCGCAGAUAUCAUGCAUUAAUUCAUGAUACUGAAGCCCCUCUGUUUACAAGCCCACUAAACCCUGUCCCUUCACUCUGUUUUUGCCUGACAAUUGUAAUUAUAAAAAUUACUCCAUUUCUAUGCUGCAUUGGUAGCAUUACAGGUUUUCUAACAGUGUACAUGUGUAUAUGUACAUAAUGCGUAAAUAUAGAGAAUAAAGUUGGCAACAAAGGACUGCCGAGGGGGGAGAAGAA